AGAAAAAGGAGUUAUUGCUCCUUUCGGCUUUCGGAGAUAAAAACACGUCAAAUCAAAUCAUCAUCAAUCAGUCGCAACGCAACGCAACGCAACACAACACAACAAUGGCACCGCUGACUCCGCACUGGGACCAGCCCUCGCACCCCGACAUCCAGGAGGUGAUCAUCAACCCGCACGAGUUCUCGUCGAAGAGCCUGUCCAAGAUCUCCCUGCCCCCAUUUGGGCUGUACGCGAAGCUGGAGUUCCCCCCGUGCACCUUGGCCGCGUCCCCGAGCUACGCCACCGUCCAGUGCGGCCGGGACGCCCACCUCGACCUCAACAGCGACCUGCUGUACAUCAACCACUCGUGCGAGCCCUCCCUCAUCUUCGACACCGCCAACAUGAACGUCCGAGCCGGCCCCAACGGCCUCAGCCCCGGUGAAGAACUGACCUUCUUCUACCCGUCCACGGAGUGGUCCAUGGCCCAGCCCUUCGACUGCCUGUGCGGCGCGCCCUCCUGCCGCGGCCGCAUCGCCGGCGCCAAGGACAUGUCCGAGGCCCAGCUCGCCGGCCUCUGGCUGAACGGCCACAUCCUCGAGCUCCUCGAGGAGCGGGAGCGGGAGCGAGAAGGAAAUGACCUCCGCGAUAUGGGUACCCGCAACAAGGAACCCGCCCCUGAAAACGGCACCAGUAGUAGUAGUACUUUAACCGCUGGUGGUGGUCUGACGGAAAUCCCUCCCCCCGAGGACCUCACCGCCCAGGCGCUGAGAAACGCCUUGGCCCACGCGGAAAAGGUCGUCGAGGCCGCUAGCGCCGCUCUGCAGUCGUAUCUUGCCUCGGCGGCGGAAGCGGCCGCGUUGUCGACGAGUACUGAUGGGAGGGGGGAGAGGGGUCCAGCGGGUGCCGGAACCGUAGCCGCCUUGGCCUCCGGAUUAACCAGACGCGGCAUCACGUCACGGGAAUUGAGCGGCGAGAUGGGCGGAGAUACCAUCGCAGUCUCGGGCUCGUAAGGGAGAGAGGACAACAUAAUGUUCCCCUGGUUGUUUUCUCUUUGCUUAGUAGUUCGGUUGUUUCUUUUUUCUUUCGAAUUCAACAUUCUCUCUCGCCUUCGAGUCGGCUUUCAACAGCCUGGCCUGGUUUGAAAAAAAGGGUACCUAGCUCACCCAAAGCCCUAAGUUAGUUAGAAUCCAGGGCAUAACACUCUUUAUAUAAUAUCUACUAUCU